AUGCAACGACCCACAACACCAUUAAGACGCUCAAAUUCGCGACAAUCGGACCACGAAGAGCACUAUCCGAUAGUGGAGUCCGUGUUGGACAUGGCUAUCGGCGAACAGAUGGCCGAACUCGCAGACGGCAUGUCAGCGCUAGACCGCAAUCUCAAGGACCUCCAGGUGAUCCAUACCAACCUCAAUAACUUCAACGAGUCGUUCUCGACACUGAUUUACGGGCUCCAGAUGAACGCGUGGUGCGCCGAGUUCCAUAACGGACCACGUUCGUGCGAUUUUGCACGCCGAAAAGAGGUGGAAGAGAUGGAAGAAAGAGCUCGACGGGCACAGAUGCAAGCGGAACGCGACAGAAUGGCCAUGCAACAGAUCCAAGAGACCCCGACGCGUCUGCCGAGCGAACCAUCGGACGGAGAUGUCACGUACAUGCGCAACGACAACUCGUUCAUCAUUCAGCCUCCUAGCAGUUACCAGUCUCAGCUGCCCAGUAGGAUUCCCCAGUCGUCACGUGCGUCGAGGAUUCGACCUCCGAACUCACUGAGACCACCAAGAGGACGGGGGUUGUAUCUCAGAGGAGGGUCACGUGGUGUGACGGGAGGAAGAGGGAGCUAUACGGGAGUUGGGAGGGGUAGUGGUAGGCCAGCUAGUGAGGGUACUACCAGGCGGUGGCUAUGA